GCAGCGGCGGCUCCUGCGGGCGCUCCCUCCGUCCCUCCCUCGAUGUGCGGUGCCCGGCCGGCCGCGGGGCUUGCGCAGCGCGGCGGCGGAGCGGAGCGGUGAGCGGCGGCAGCAUGCGGCGGCCGGGGGAUGUCUGAGGCGGGCGGUGCGGCGGCGGCCGCGCUGCCCCGGCGCCGCUCCGGAGGCAUGCGGGCGGCCUGGGGCUCCGUCUGGUGCCUGUGCCUGGCGGCGGCCGUCGGCGGGAUGCCGGCGGCGAGGCGGCAAGGCGGCGGCAAGGCAGCGGCGAGGAGCGGCGGGCAGCCGGCAGAAUACUUGAGGAGCGAGACCGCCUUUCUGGAAGAGUUGGUGUUCGGAAAUGGAGAUACAAUUGAACUUUCCUGUAACACCCAAGGCUCUUCUGUGUCUGUUUUCUGGUUUAAAGAUGGUAUUGGAAUUGCACCUACCAACAGAACUCAUAUUGGACAAAAACUGUUGAAGAUAAUCAAUGUGUCAUAUGAUGACUCGGGGCUGUACAGUUGCAAGCCAAGGCAUUCCAACGAGGUCCUGGGAAACUUUACAGUCAGAGUUACAGACUCCCCUUCGUCAGGUGAUGAUGAGGAUGACGAUGAUGAGUCAGAAGAUACAGGUGUCCCCUUCUGGACCCGGCCAGAUAAGAUGGAGAAGAAGCUGCUGGCAGUUCCCGCUGCCAACACCGUUCGCUUCCGAUGUCCGGCGGGGGGGAACCCAACUCCUUCCAUCUACUGGCUGAAAAACGGCAAGGAGUUCAAAGGGGAGCACAGGAUCGGGGGCAUUAAGCUGCGGCACCAGCAGUGGAGCCUGGUGAUGGAGAGCGUUGUGCCAUCAGACCGAGGCAAUUACACCUGUGUCGUGGAGAACAAAUACGGCAACAUUAGGCACACGUACCAGCUCGAUGUAUUAGAAAGGUCACCCCACCGCCCAAUCCUGCAAGCAGGACUCCCUGCCAACCAGACUGUGGUGGUGGGGAGCAAUGUGGAGUUUCACUGCAAGGUCUACAGCGAUGCCCAGCCUCACAUCCAGUGGCUGAAACACGUGGAAGUCAAUGGCAGCAAAUAUGGACCCGAUGGGACCCCCUAUGUCACAGUGCUGAAGUCUUGGAUCAGUAAAAACGCUGAAGCCGAUGCUAACCUAAAUCUGUUCAAUGUGACAGAACAAGAUGAAGGAGAAUAUCUGUGUAGAGCCAACAAUUUCGUAGGCAUAGCCGAAAAGCCAUUUUGGCUCCACAUUCGCAAACCAAAACCAGCUGAGGAGCUCAUGGAGGUGGAUGAUUCAGGCUCAGUGUACACUGGCAUUCUCAGUUAUGGCACUGGCUUUUUCCUCCUUCUCCUGGUGCUGGUCUUGGUGAUUGUCUGGAGGAUGAAAAUGCCAAACAAAAAAGCCAUGAACACUCCUACUGUUCAGAAAGUCUCCAAAUUCCCACUGAAGAGACAGGUAACAGUGUCGCUGGAGUCCAACUCUUCCAUGAAUUCCAACACGCCCCUGGUCCGCAUCACGCGCCUCUCCUCCAGCGAUGGGCCAAUGCUGGCCAACGUCUCCGAGCUGGAGCUGCCUCCAGAUCCCAAGUGGGAAUUGACUCGUUCUCGCCUGACCUUGGGGAAGCCGCUUGGCGAGGGGUGUUUUGGCCAAGUGGUGAUGGCAGAAGCAAUUGGGAUUGACAAGGACAAGCCAAACAAGGCCAUCACAGUUGCUGUCAAGAUGUUAAAAGAUGAUGCUACAGACAAAGACCUUUCUGACCUGGUCUCUGAGAUGGAAAUGAUGAAAAUGAUCGGGAAGCACAAAAACAUUAUUAACCUCCUCGGUGCCUGCACACAGGACGGACCGCUCUAUGUGUUGGUGGAAUACGCGUCAAAGGGGAACUUGCGGGAAUACCUCAGGGCACGCCGCCCACCUGGCAUGGACUAUUCCUUUGACACCUGCAAGCUGCCCGAGGAGCAGCUGACGUUUAAGGACCUGGUUUCCUGCGCCUACCAGGUGGCACGGGGCAUGGAGUACUUGGCAUCUCAGAAAUGCAUUCAUCGCGACUUGGCAGCCAGGAACGUGUUAGUCACUGAAGAUAAUGUGAUGAAAAUAGCUGAUUUUGGCCUCGCCAGAGACGUUCACAACAUUGACUAUUACAAGAAAACCACCAAUGGUCGGCUGCCUGUGAAAUGGAUGGCUCCAGAAGCCUUGUUUGACCGGGUCUAUACUCACCAGAGCGAUGUCUGGUCUUUUGGAGUGCUACUAUGGGAGAUCUUCACUUUGGGAGGGUCUCCAUACCCAGGAAUUCCUGUUGAGGAACUCUUCAAGCUCUUGAAGGAAGGCCAUCGGAUGGACAAACCUGCAAACUGCACCCAUGAUUUGUACAUGAUCAUGCGGGAGUGCUGGCACGCCGUCCCCUCGCAGCGCCCCACCUUCAAGCAGCUGGUGGAAGACCUGGACAGGGUCCUCACCGUGACGUCCACCGAUGAGUACCUGGACCUCUCGGUGCCCUUCGAGCAGUACUCGCCGGCUGGCCAGGACACCCACAGCACCUGCUCCUCAGGGGACGACUCGGUCUUUGCACAUGACCUGCUGCCCGAUGAGCCCUGCCUGCCCAAGCACCCGCCCUGCAACGGCGUCAUCCGGACGUGAGGACCCCCAGGGCACAGGGACAGACAGACAGAUGGACGGACGGGUGGGCAGCGUGCCCAUGGAGGCGCGAGUGUGGGGCGCCGAGCCUGAAACCGUAGUGAAGGAUCUUCCAGUGGAACUGUGUGAUGGUGCCUGGAGAUUUGUGUUGUUGACAAGCUGUUCAGGGUUAAAAGCAAAAAA